CUUUUAUCCUCUCUUUUGAACUUUAUUUGCCCUUUUUUGACCGUAGCACAGCCGCCUAUAAAGAAAAUGGCAGGAGGAGAUCUUGUACCAGUACCCGAUGUGUGAAGCAUCCAGCCAGCUGAAAGGAGUGAGGGGGAUCUUCCUCACUCUGUGUGACAUGCUGGAGAACGUCACAGGAGGGCAGAUCAUCAGUUCAUCUCUCCUGCUCGGGAAACAUCUGGUACAUGUGGGCUACUGGAAGGAAAGCAACAACCUGCUGGUCAUUGGUCUUCCUGCUGAGAGGGUUCCUUUGCUGUAUCUGCAGACGGUGGUGGGAGACGUAGUGCGGACAUUAAAAGUGAUGUACGGCUCCUUAGACAGCGCGUUCUGUAAAGCCGAUCACGCUCCCAGGCUGGACCACUUCUUCUGCCUGUUCUUCCAGCAGCUCAUCCAGCCGUCUCGCCUCAGGGAUGGUUUCUCAGCCCCGCCCCCCGACGUCUCAGGGUCGCUUUUCCUCGAUGGACUGCCGGCGGUCCGAUGGCUCACGCUGCCUCCAGAAAUCAAGGUGGAGGUGGAUACUGUUCUCUCUGAUUUUGAGUCUUCUGAUUUUGGAGAAAUGUCUGAGGACUUUUUCGGCCUGAGGCGUCUUUAUGUCAUUCUCGGCUCCUGUCUGUUCUAUAAGUCGUACCUGAUCGCCAACCACCUUCCUAAAGAGGACCUGCUGGACGUGUGUCUGUACUGCCAGCACUACUGCCUGCUGCCGCUGGCCUCGGAGCAGCGGGUGGGUCAGCUGGUCAUCUGGAGGGAGGUGUUUCCCCAGCAGAGAGCCAACAGCUGCAGCAGCAGCAGCAGCUCGGCGCCGGGCUUCAGUCAGCCACAAGGGCGACACUUCCUCCUCAUAGUGGGGCUGAGACACUUCAUGCAGUGCGUGCUGUUAGAAGCAGGUGGAUGUGCGUCACCAGCUUCGGGUUCUCCAGGACCGGAUUGUGUUUACGUAGAUCAGGUGAAGGCGACCCUGCUGCAGCUGGAGGUGUUGGAGGCGGGUAUUGAGGAGCGUCUGAACGCCCCCGCUGCUCCCUGUCUCUCCUGCGCCGACUGGUUCCUCCCGUCCUCCACGGCCCGCGACCGCCUGGACAGUCUGGCCUCGUCCUCCCCCGUCCUCAGCAAGCUAGCCGGGGCCGUUAAAAGCUCCUCGUCGGGGGCCAGGGGCCGCAGCCUGUUCGGGGAGAAGGCGCGCAGGUCCAGCCCCCAGAGGAGUCUGUCAGACAGCGGGAGCGAAGGACAGAUGGACGCGGGGUCAGGGUCCAGUUCGUCAGUGGCUCCAGGCCUCAGUCCACAUUCCACCCCGGACUCAGCGAGGAAGCUGGGGGGGCGACGGGACUCUCUGGGGUCUGGAGGGUCUGAUGGGAGUGGAGGCAGCGGAGGCCUCUUCAAGAUGACGUCCAGGAUGAAACACCCGAACCCGUUCUACCUGGGCACCCUGAAGAAGACUCUGACGGAGAAGGAGACGGAGGAGAUGUACAACACUCUGAAACUGACCUCAGGAGCCGAGAACACGUUGUUCCACUACGUCCUGAUGGAGACCGUGCAGGGGAUCUUCAUCGCUCCGACGCACAGAGAGGUGGCUCAGCUCAGCGGCUCCAUUCACCCGCAGCUCAUCCGCAACUUCCACCACUGCUGCCUCUCCAUACGAGCCGCGUUUCAGCAGAGUCUGCCAGCCAGGGGCCGUCGGACUGCAGACAGGCCUCAGGGUGGCGGUUGGGGUCUCGGCCCGGUGAAGGAACACGGAGUUCUGUUCCAGUGUAAACCUGAGAACUGGACCGACCAGAGGAAACCCGCUCCCACCAUGACGUACUGGGUCAUUGGACGGAUGUUGCUCGAGCCCGUCCCUCAGGAGUUCUACGUGUGUUUCCACGACUCGGUGGCGGAGAUUCCCGUGGAGAUGGCCUUCAGACUCUCCUUUGGUUUGGCUAUGUGA